CUCGAUCAAACCUGGCAGCCAGCUCAAGACUUCACCUCGAGACUCUCCACUCCCAGCCCAAUUGAUUCCUCGCAGCCAUGUUCCUGCAACGCUCUGCCUUCGCCGCCCGCCGCGCGGCCUUCAACCCCAUUGUGAAGCGCAGCUUCACCUCCUCCUUCAUCCGCCGCGCGGACAAGAUUGACCCCCUUCCCGGCCAGCCUGACAAGCAUGUGAAGCCAUUUGACGAGAUCAAGACCGAGUCCGACCUUCUCCCUCCCGGUGCCGCCCCCGGUACCGUUCCCACCGAUCUCGAGCAGGCAACUGGUCUCGAGCGUUUGGAAAUCCUCGGAAAGAUGCAGGGUGUCGACAUUUUCGACAUGAAGCCCCUUGAUGCCAGCCGCAAGGGCACCCUUGAAAACCCCAUCAUCGUCAAGUCUUUUGGUGAUGAGCAGUAUGCCGGCUGCACUGGUUACCCUGCUGACUCUCACAUCACCCUUUGGUUGACCAUGUCCCGUGAGCGGCCCAUUGCCCGCUGCACCGAGUGCGGCAGCGUCUACAAGAUGGAAUAUGUCGGUCCUCAGGACGACCACCACCACGGCCACCACGGCUACGAGGAGCCCAAGACCUUUGCCGACUUCGUCAAGCCCGAGUACAGAUAAAUUUAUCCCCCUAAUUCCGUCCUGUAAUUAUUAUUAUAGCGCGGAUGUGUUUACUUUAUUUGAAGGAUACAUUUUUUGAGCGACUGUUGUCUCGGUAUGAGAGUGGGCAAAGCGAAGAGUUGGCCUCGCGCUCGAGGAGGUAGUGGAUGCGUCCGUUUUUUUAAAUAAUCGAGGGUAGAGUGCGUACGUAUGUAUUUAUAUGUAUGUAGAAAGAUUUAUUGGGCGGAUUGGGAGGGGCCAUUCCCAGUAUUGCUGCAAUAGUAGAACGUUUC